UUGCCACAGCCUAAGUCACUUAGGAAGAGUUGACCUUUGAGGGGCCUGCUGGAGCCACGUGUAAUUCCUAUAAUUGAUUAUGGGGCCAGGAAGGCCCCCAAUCAUCUUAACCUUCCUAGGUUCUUUCCAAGAGUAGAGACCGAUGGACUGGGCUGCACGCAGACGAAGGAAGAUUCUCCUGGCCUCCACCACACCCUCGCUCACUGCUUUAGGUGUCGGGACCACAUGCCUGGCAUUUCUCAACAGGCGAUGGUGACUCUCACAUCAGCCAAUCAGACACAGGAGGAGGGAAUGUACUGGCCCUUCACCUGUGUGUAAGCCUCUAUAUAAGGCCCUGCUUCUGCGGGCUGAACCCAGAUGACUGUGCCCGUCAAACCUGCUCUCGGUUGCUGUUCAGCCCAGCCUAAGACUGAGCCUCCGACCAUCACUGCCACGGGAAAGGACGGCUAAUGCGAGUCUGUCCCACCAGAUCCAGUCAGCAUGCCAGAGGGACGGUGGAUGGAUCAGGACAAUGGACAGUCUUUGGUGCUCAGACUGUGAGUUUUGGAGCAGGUCACAUGGUUUGAAGUAACUUCACGGGCCUUCCUGCCUGGCCCUACUCCACACAGCCUGUGGAAAAAGAGCCAUUGGCAGCUCACCAGGAGACGCCAGAUUCCAGCCAACUGCACGAAGGCCCUGCAGAAGCAACUCUGGGCACCUCUGAGUCCAGGAAUGGCAGAACUGUGCCGCAUGGAUUCCACGCUGACGGCUCUGGAUGAGGAGAUGCUCUGGGACAUGCUGGAGAGCCACCGCUGUAAGAUCGUACAGAGCAUCUGCCCCAGCCGCCUCACCCCCUACCUGCGCCAGGCCAAGGUGCUGGGCCAGCUGGAUGAGGAGGAGGUCCUCCACAGCCCCCGAUUCACCAACAGUGCCAUGAGAGUUGGGCACCUGUUGGAUCUGCUGAAGGCCCGAGGGAAGAAUGGGGCUGUCGCCUUUCUGGAAAGCCUGAAGUUCCAUAACCCUGAUGUCUACACCCUGGUCACUGGGCUGCAGCCUGACAUCGACUUCAGCACCUUCAGCGGUCUCAUGGAGACAUCCAAGCUGACCGAGUGCCUGGCUGGGGCCAUCAGCAGCCUGCAGGAGGAGCUGGCCCAGGAGAAGGCGCAGAGGGAGAUGCUGCUUCGGAGAUGCCAGCAGCUGAAGGAGCGCCUGGGCUUGGCCGAGGCCCGUGCAGAGGGCCUGCGCCAGCUGGAGGUUGACCAUAGCCGCAUGAAGCGUGAGGUCAGUGCCCACUUCCACGAGGUCCUGAAGCUGAAGGAUGAGAUGCUGAACCUGUCUCUGCACUACAGCAACGCACUUCGGGAGAAGGAGCUGGCUGCCACACGCUGCCACAGCCUGCAGGAGGAGCUCUACCUGGUGAAGCAGGAACUACAGAGGGCAAGCCUUGUGUCUUCAUGUGAACGGGAAUCUCGAGAGAGGUCCCUGAGGCUGGCCAGUGACCUGGAGUGUGAGGGAGAGGAACUGAACCGUCUUAAGGAGGAGAACGAAAAACUCCGCUCGAUGACCUUCAGCCUGGUGGAGAAGGACAUUCUGGAACAGAGCCUGGAUGAGGCCCGGGAGAGCAAGCAAGAGCUAGUGGACCGCAUCCACUCACUGCGGGAGCGAGCGGUGGCCGCAGAGAGGCAGCAGAAGCAGUACUGGGAGGAGAAAGAACAGACCCUACUCCAGUUCCGGAAGACCCAGGUGGACUGUGAGCUGUACCGAGAAAAGAUGACCACACUUCAGGGCCAGGUGGCCGAGCUACAGAAGGAACGUGACCAGGCGUACACAGCGAGGGACGGGGCCCAGAUGGAGAUGUCUCAGCGCCUGGUGGAGAAGGAUGCCCUGCGCAGGAGGGUGUUUGAGCUAACAGAGCAGGUCUGCGAGCUGCGCACUCAGCUGCAAAGGCUGCAGGCGGAGCCGCCCGCAGGACCCAAGCAGGAAGCUGGAGCCAGGGAACUCUGCCUCCGGGGGAAGCAGCGGCUUGUGCGGAUGCAUGCCAUGUGCCCACCAGAUGACAGUGACGGCAGCCUCCUCAGCUCCACCGAGUCCCGGCUGUGGUGGGACCUGAAUCCCACAUCCAGCCGUGAGCAGAUGGACAGCUUCCGCUCCAGCAGCCCCAUGCCUCCCAGCCAGCAGUCCCUGUACAAGCGGGUGGCAGAGGACUUCCUGGAAGACCCUGAGUCUCUAAGCUUCCCAGAAGUCCUGGAGGUGCGCCUUCAAGGGGCUGCAGGGGACGACACAGACCCAGACCUGGAGUAUGAGAUACUAGAUGGAGCAGAUCUCUCCCAGUCAGAGGACAGCCUGCCUGAGUCUUCACAGAGCCUAAAUGUCUCAGAAAGGUUGUGUCUGUCUGCCGAUAUCAACGUCCCUGUGAGGCGGAGGCCAGCUCGCAAGAUCCUGAGCCAGGUCACAGUGCUGGCAUUCAAAGGGGACGCGCUGCUGGAGCAGAUAGGUGUCAUUGGUGGGAACCUCACAGGCAUCUUCAUUCACCACGUCACCCCAGGCUCUGCAGCCGAUGAGAUGGCCUUGCGUCCUGGCACCCAGAUCAUGAUGGUGGAUUACAAGCCAACUGAGCCAUCAUUAAGGGCCACUCUGGAGAAUACCACACUGGAGCAGGCUGUGGGGCUUCUCAGGAGGGUGAACGGUUCCUGCUACCUGUCUGUGAAGAUCAACACUGAAGGUUAUAAGAACUUAAUCCAGGACCUAGAUGCCAAAGUGGUGACCUCUGGGGAUUCCUUCUACAUCCGAGUCAACCUGGCCAUGCACCGAAAGGGAGGGGGAGAGCUGCAUGCACACUGCAAUGAUAUCCUGCAUGUCACUGACACCAUGUUCCAAGGCCGAAGCUGCUGGCACGCCUAUCAUGUGAACCCUUACACCAUGAAAGACAUGGACCCUGGCACCAUCCCCAACUAUUCACAGGCUCAGCAGCAGCUCCUGGCCCUCAUCCAGGACAUGACCCAACGGUGCACAGUUCCCCGCAAGGUCGGGCACCUUGUUCUCUUGGGACACAGAGCACCUUUCACUUUGAGCACACAUCUGUCCCUGAGCAAGGUGCUAGCACAUUCCCGCCUGGAGCACAGCGAUGCCGAGUUGGGAGGGGGCCUGCUCUUCUCUCUGCCUUUUGCACCCCUUCCUGCUGAGCCCUGUUGCCUAAAGCCCCUCCCCCGCCUCCCACCCCCUGGUGUGGGGCCUGGGGAGCCUGCUUGCUCUGUGGCACAGCCUGAUUGUCCAGAAGCUGCUCUGGAUUUGCUUAUGGGGCAGAGUGCCAAAGUAGGGAGGGGUGCCAGGCCCCACGCCCGCUGUUAACGGCUGAGCCUUGCCCCUUCCCAUCUCCCUGCCCCUCCUGUGACAGCCUUCCGGAGGACCACAGAAGUUAGUACGAAUUGUCAGUGUGGACAAAGCCGGCGCCAGUUCUCGCUCUUCGUCCUUUGACCAAG